AUGACGCAGCGAUCUGGUGCAAAUGGCUCACUCCCAUCCGCCGCCGCCGCCGCCGCCGCCGCAACCCUCAACGGCAACGGCAACGGCAACGGCAGCGGCGGUGAGACGUCGAGGUUCAAGGUCCAGUCCGCCGCCAGCUCCGACCGCGACUCCCAGUCCAACGAGCCCGUCGACAGGCGGCCAUCGAGCGCGCCCGGCCGCAAGAACGGCGAUGCCAAGGACGACCACAGCAUCGAGCCCGAGCGACCGACCCGGCCAGCGAAGCCGGUGCUGCAGCGCUCAAAGAGCGAGUACGCACCGCGGCAGGUGGAGGAGUCGGAUCACGAAGAGGACGAGAUUCGCGAAUGGGGCGCCAGACAUGGCUUUGAAGACCAUUAUCAGUCGGAGCAUAUCAUUUCUCAGCUUGCAAAUAAUUGGUACAUGUAUUUCACAGACAAGCGGCACGAAACAACCGCCAAACCCAAGGCGGUGCAGUACGAACUCCAAGAUUGGCGCCAGCGAGACAGGCUGAAGACGGUUUCGGCGGCUCUAGCAGUGUGCUUAAACAUAGGAGUCGAGCCUCCCGACCAGCUCAAAACCAACCCGGGCGCAAAGCUGGAGGCCUGGACCGACCCGACCAUUCCUCCCAUUCAGAAAGCUCUCGAGAACAUUGGAAAGUCUCUCCAGGCCCAGUACGAGACUCUUGCGAUUCGAGCGCGUUACAAGCAGUACCUGGAUCCAUCGGUCGAAGAGACGAAAAAGUUUUGCAUCUCCCUGCGGCGCAACGCCAAGGAUGAGCGUGUGUUGCUGCAUUACAAUGGCCACGGGGUGCCCAAACCGACGGCGUCGGGGGAGAUUUGGGUGUUCAACAAGACCUACACUCAGUAUAUUCCAGUAUCAUUGUACGAUCUGCAGCAGUGGCUCCAGGCCCCCACCAUCUUCGUCUGGGACUGUUCAGAAGCCGGCAACAUCCUCAACAACUACCACCGCUUCGUUGAUAAGCACGAGGAGGAGGAGGAGGAAGCCGCACUGCGCGACCCCCAUUAUGUCAAAACCAACUACAGACCCUACAUUCAUUUGGCUGCGUGUGCGGUCAAGGAGAACCUUCCCACCAAUCCCCUGCUGCCCGCCGAUCUCUUCACAUCGUGCCUCACGACACCGAUCGAAAUGGCACUCUGGUUCUUUGUUUUGCAGAAUCCACUCAAGACGAACAUCACCCCCGAGCGUGCCAAGAAGCUCCCAGGGCGUCUGCAGGAGAGGCGGACACCUCUCGGCGAGCUGAACUGGAUCUUCACGGCCAUCACCGACAGCAUUGCAUGGACCACGCUGCCUCGCGACCUGUUCCGAAAGUUCUUCCGCCAAGACCUCAUGGUGGCGGCCUUGUUUCGAAACUUUCUUCUUGCGCAGAGAAUCAUGAUGGUGUACGGGUGCCAUCCUCAGUCAUACCCAGCUCUGCCAGAUACCCAUCAGCACCCGUUGUGGGCAACAUGGGACUUGGCCGUCGACAUGGCCCUGGCACAGCUGCCCAUGCUGGAGCGCAAAGAGAACGAAGGCAUCGACUACGAAUACCAAAACUCAUCCUUCUUCACCGAGCAACUGACUGCUUUUGACGUCUAUCUCACUAGAGGCGAUGCCAUGGCCCAGAAGCCGCCUGAUCAACUGCCGGUCGUCCUUCAGGUUCUGCUGAGCCAGCAGCACAGGGUACGGGCCCUGAUAUUGUUGGGUAGGUUCCUCGACUUGGGUCCUUGGUCGGUGCAGCUGGCUCUCAGCAUUGGCAUCUUCCCGUAUGUCCUCAAGCUGCUGCAGUCUGCCGCCACCGAACUGAAGCCCGUCAUGGUCUUUAUCUGGGCACGACUCAUCGCCGUCGAUAUCUCGUGCCAACAAGAUCUUAUCAAGGACAGCGGGUACAGCUACUUUGCGCAGAUUUUGAAGCCAUCCGAGGCGCUGCCCGUCGUCAAUGGCGAUGAGCACAAGGCCAUGUGCGCGUUCAUCCUCGCCAUGCUGUGCAAGGGCUACCGAAACGGCCAGAUGGUUUGCAACCAGACGGAGAUCAUGAGCUACUGCCUGACACACCUGCAAAACGACAACAACCCUCUCUUGCGUCAGUGGGCUUGUCUCUGCAUCAGCCAGCUGUGGCAAGACUUGCCCGAGGCCAAAUGGCGUGGCAUUCGCGAAAACGCAUAUGCCAAGCUGGCAUUCCUCACCAAGGAUCCGUGCUGCGAGUUCCUCGUUGCCGCCUACGAGCAGCUCCUUGAGGAGAAGGAGUACCUGGUAUUCCCUCCCCAGGACGACGGCCAAGACCACAAGAUGGGCCUGCAUUACGCCAGGCCCGACAACCGCCAGAGGGACGGAACCAUCAAGCCGACCGCCCACGGACUCUCCCACAACACCGUUUACAUGGCCUUCUGGAAGCAUGCCUUGAUUCUGAGCGUCGACCCUCAUCCGGAGGUGCAGCGGGAAGCUACUAUUGUCAUUGACUACGUCCACAAUGCCUUGAUCAACUCGACUCUCGGCGAGGCAGCCCACGCCGUGAUGGCAGAGGUCCAGAGGAGGGCAAACAGGGCGACGCGCAGCAGGAGCACGGUGAGCUUGGGGCAGAGGACCAACGGCACCCUUGCCCCCCAGCCAUUGCAGUCUCCCGGCCUGCUGCGGCGGACGGCCAGCCUUCUCUUCCAGUCCUUCAUCACCACCGAAGACAAAUCGAGACCUACCACCCCCAACAGCCCCGCUCCGCCAAAGUCGCCCUCGGCCAAAGUGUCGCCCGAUCGGAUGGCUGCCCCCCCUGAACAGAUCGACUACUCGGGCCCUUCGGCGACGUACCACACUGCGCGGGAGCCUGUCUCGGGCACCUUUGAAGAGCGCGACCUGACCAAGGAGCCAACUCUGCCGCUCACGAGCAAGUUCCUCGAAUGGUCCAUUGAGUAUUUCCGUGAGCCUCAAAUGAAGAACACUGAGGCGGAUGAACCCGGCAGUACCGACUACAAUGAGAGGCUGUGGCGAAGGGCGAGGAACGAAAACAUUAUGAGAGAAACGCAACCGCUCAAGCACAUUGCGGGCACUCACAGGUGGAACAAUCAGCUGGGCAUCAUCAACAAUGGCGCGCAGCCUGCCAAGUUGACUUUUCACCAAUUUGAGGAUCACCUGGCCGUGGCAGAUGACGCCAAUACUGUCUACGUCUGGGACUGGAAGAAGCAGGGACGUCUAAAUCGGUUCUCCAAUGGCAAUCCAGAGGGCUCCAAGAUUAGCGACAUGAAGUUUAUCAACGAGGACGAUCAGGGCCUUCUGAUGACUGGAUCAUCUGAUGGCGUAAUACGCGUGUAUCGCAACUACGAUUCGGAGCAAAACAUUGAGCUGGCGACGUCUUGGCGGGCGCUCACACACAUGGUUCCCAGCAACGUCAACUCCGGAAUGGUGUUUGACUGGCAGCAGGCGACAGGCCGCGUCCUCGUCGCCGGCGACGUGCGGGUCAUCCGGGUGUGGUUCGCCGGGCAUGAGACUUGCAUCAUGGACAUCCCGGCCCGAUCUGGCUCGUGUGUCACGUCUCUCACAUCGGACCAGAUGACGGGCAACAUCUUUGUGGCCGGAUUCGGAGACGGCGCCGUCCGCGUCUUUGACACGAGGCUGAAGCCGCAGGAGUCCAUGGUGCGCAAGUGGAAAGACGAGACGGACCGCCAGUGGAUCAAGACGGUGCACAUGCAGCGCGGAGGGAAGCGAGAGCUGGUCAGCGCCAGCCGCAAUGGCAAGAUCAAGGUCUGGGACAUCCGCAUGGAUAAGGCGCUGCAUUCCUUCCAGACAACGCGGGACACUCUCCGGACGGCAAGCGUGCACGAGCAUCUGCCUGUCUUUUCAGUUGGAACUUCUGCACACACCGUCAAAGUGUUCAACCUAAGCCACGGCAGCGAGCUUUCUCGACUCGAACCGUACUCCAGCUUCCUGCAGCAGACCCGAGGGACCCCCAUCUCGGCGACGGCAUUCCACCCGCACCGCCCCAUCCUCGGAUGCGCAGCCCGAGGCGAUCACCACAUCAACCUGUUUACGUGCGAGAAGACUGAGCCGGUGCAGCUUGUUUAG